GACGUGACAGUCAAAAGCAUCUUUGCCUUGGAGAGAUUCAGACAGUUCUCUUUUGUGUUGUUUUUAGUUUGGGCAGGGGUUCUGACUGUAGAAUAAGACAUUGAGGACCACCGACUGACUGAAAAGGACUGGGAUUUCUUAAGGCGUUGGGGUGAAGUUAAAGGGAGGGAGCCAUGGCCUCCCUCCUGAUGCGAAUCUUUCGGUUGGGUGUGGAGAAAAAGCGAGUUCGGCACUAUGAAAACCUGAAGAGGGAUGUGGAUCCACACCAGACAUGGGAGACUAUGGGAGAACUGGGAGAUGGAGCUUUUGGGAAGGUCUUUAAGGCACAGAAUCAGACUACGGGGGACCUGGCAGCUGUUAAAGUGAUUGAAGUGCGCAGUGAAGAGCAGCUGGAUGACUACAUCACUGAGAUAGACAUCCUAGCAUCCUGUCGCCAUACAAACAUCAUCUCAUUGCUGGACGCCAUCUUCUUUGAGAGCUGGCUGUGGAUCCUGAUUGAGUACUGUCCUGGGGGUGCUCUGGAUGAUAUCAUGUUGGAACUGGAGCGUGGCCUUACAGAGCAGCAGAUCAGUGAGGUGUGCUGUCAGAGUCUGCAGGCUCUGUCUUACCUGCACCAACAUCACAUUAUACACAGAGACCUGAAGGCGGGCAACAUUCUGCUCACCAUGGAUGGACAAGUCAAACUAGCUGACUUUGGUGUGUCUGCAAAAAAUGACAAUACCCUCCAAAAACGAUCAACUUUCAUUGGAACUCCAUACUGGAUGGCACCUGAGGUGAUAAUGUGUGAAACGUCGAAGGACAAUCCCUACACAACUAAAGCUGACAUCUGGUCAUUGGGCAUCACUUUAAUUGAGGCCGCUGAGAUGGAGCCUCCUCAUCAUUCUCUCAACCCCAUGAGGGUCUUGCUGAAGAUCACCAAAUCUCCACCACCCACACUCUCCAAUCCUCGCCAAUGGUCAUCGCAUUUCCAAGAUUUUCUACGGAGGACCUUGCAGAAGAACCCUGAGUCUCGUUGGGGAGCCCAACAGCUCAUGGCCCACCCUUUCUCUUAUGCGGGACGAGAUGGACGAGCCCUUAAAGAACUCAUCGCUGAGGCCAAAGCAGAGGUCACUGAGGUUAUAGAGGCUGAGUCUUUGUUAGAUCUUGAAUGUUCUGCGAAGGAGAUGAUCGCUGCAGAGUCAGAGCAAACAGUGCCACAACCAGGACAAGCAGUUGAAGAACAAGGACCACAAGAACCCGAGACCCCACAAAAAACCUUGGCCCCAGAUGCUAUUCCUCAGUCUCCCACCAACCCAGAGCCAAUAGCUGAGGUUAAAGUAACCCGCAGGGCUUCCCAGGCCAUAGACAAAGCUCAGAAGAGGGCAAGACGCCUCUCGGUUCCAGGAAAUCUCCUCUCGUUUUUGACUGGAAGCUCCCGUCGCAAAUCUGCAUUCUGGGGUGACAAUCCAAUCCACCUUCAAAGAAGUAAGGACUCAGAAGUUUCAAGUGCAGCUGUGGGAACUGUGGGAACUUGCCCUUCAGAUGGCAAAGAAAGUGGAAGCACUGACAAACUGAAGGAGAAAACGCCUGACUUAUUUGAUGCUCCAAGUAAUAAGGCUGCUGACAUCAAAGACAAGGAAGCUAAAGUAGAAACUGACAAGGAGGAAGCCCAGAACUCAAACUACUCAAGCACACCAGCACAAACAGAAUUACCAACAGAUUCCUCUGAAAAGGAAACACUAGAUCAUACCAAGGAGGACACUGUUGCUGAUGAGGAACAUGUGAAGUCUGAUGAUUCAGGAAACAAUGACCAAACAUUUUGGAAAUCCCUCCAAACACCUGCUAUUAUCGACAAAGACACAGCACAUCCACAGAGCACACCGGUUAUAGCUUUGUGUUUGGAAACACCACUAGCUAAAAGGACUGAAAAGAACGAGGGAAAUUAUAAAUAUGAGUACCUUGAUUUGGCCUGCCCUUUGAAAACUUGCAAUUCUCCUCCUGCUUUAGAUAUAAACAAAAUCUUAGCUGUAGGGAUGCCUUCUAAUAAUGUUCCUGAAGAAGUUCCUGACCUCAAAAAAGCACAACAGAUAACGGAACCAUCAGAAAAUGAUGCUGUUGAAGGAAGAAUUGAGGAAGAUUUAGAAGAACCAGGAGAACUGGAGACAGAUGGAGGAACGGUGGAUGCAACAAAAGAGGAAAGCAGUGAAAAUGGCAAGGACGUUAAUGUAGUGACAGAAGAACAUAUAACUGCCAAUGAAGAUGACAUUACCACGAAGGUAGAGUGUGAGGAUGUCAAUGAAGCCAUCAAGGAAGAGCAUGUUACUACUGAGAUAGGCCAUGAAGAAGUCAACUCAAGCAAUGAAAAGUCUGAGGAAGAGGAAAGCUGUGAAAAAAGCAAGGACGUUAAUGUAGUGACAGAAGAACAUAUAACUGCCAAUGAAGGUGACAUUACCAUGAAGGUAGAGUGUGAGGAUGUCAAUGAAGCCAUCAAGGAAGAGCAUGUUACUACUGAGAUAGGCCAUGAAGAAGUCAACUCAAGCAAUGAAAAGUCUGAGGACCAAGACCAAGAUCUUUGUACAGAAACAGGGGAAGAGGAGCAUUCAUCCAACAAGGAAGAUGUUACCGUGGAGGUUGAACAUGAACAUUUGGACUCAAGAAAUGAAAACAGUGAGAACACAAGAAAAUCUGAUGAGGAGGUAGAAAUACCAACCCAAGAUGAGACGAUCACUGAUUCACAGAUGGAAGAGAUACCAUGUCAAAAUAAAGAAGACACCAGUUCUGAAGGAGAAAAGAUCAUCAUUGGUAAUGAAAGAGAUGCUGCUGGUGAUCAAGUCAGAGCAAGUCCAACAGAAGUCUGUUCUAAAAAGAAAGAAGACGAGACAGAUUCAGAGGAACCUGAACAAAAGCUUCAAACAAAUACUAAUAGUGUACAGAACGUUACAGAAGAGCAAUCAAAAUUUCUUGGUGAAGAUCCAACAGAUGUUUCUGAACCAAAGUUGAAAAAGCAAGUGAUGUUUGCAGGUCAAGAGGACAAAAAUGAGCAAGAAAGGCCACUUGCAAAUGGCUUAAAAAAUUUAGACUUAAUACCACCUCAUGAAUCUAAUGGAUCCACACCUAAGGAAUCUGAUCAAGACAUAAUUGCACCUCUUUCCCCUACUGAGCCUCCACUGUCUCCUGGAAUUGAAGGGGAAUUGCACCCAAGCAGGCGAACCGUUAAAAGGACACGUAAAUUUAUGGUGGACGGUCGUGAGAUCAGUGUCACCACUUCCAAAGUGGUUAGUGAGGGAGACAAGAAGGAGCAACAAAUGCGCUGCAACAGACGGCAGGAACUGCAUGCGUUGAAACUCUUGCAGAGAGAAGAGCAGAGAGAACAUGCCCAGCUUGAGCAGAAACUACAGCAGCAGCGAGAGCAGAUGUUCCGUCACAUAGAACAAGAGAUGACUAGCAAGAAGCAGUACUAUGACGGUGAGCUUGAGAGGCUUGAGAAACAGUACCAGCAGCAAAGCAGCCAGAUGGAGGCUGAGCACACAUCCCGGCUCAGGGAGGACGCACGCAGACUCAAGGCCCAGCAGGAGAAAGAGCUGAGCCGCAAGAGCAGCGCACUGAAAGCAGACCCUAAAGAGGAGCAGCGGUUCCUGCAGAAGCAGCAGCAGGAGCUGAAUGAAGCUCUGCAGAAGGGCGUUCAGGAACAUAAGAGGAAGGUUGCGUCCAUGGAGUGGGAGAUUACAGUCAAAUCUCAGCAGCUGAAGCGAGCUCGUGAGGCAGUGAUUUGGGAGUUAGAACAGCGCCAUCUACAGGAGAAGUACCAUCUAUUCAAACAGCAGGUGAAGGAGCAGUACUCCCUACAAAGACAGCAGCUGACCAAGAGACACAACAAGGAAAAAGAGAGAGCUUCUCGGUUCCAGCAAGCUCUACUGGAGGAGCAGAAGUCACUACAGGCCCAGGAGAGAGUGUCCUUCCAGAAGGCCCAAAAAGCUGAAGCAAAGUCCCAUUUGAAUCAGUUCAAGAUGGAGCUCAGAAAGCUAGGUCUGAGCGGUCCUGAGCAGCGACAACGUCUCACACAGUUUUCAUCAGAGGAGGAGGCAAGCCAGAAGCAAGAGAGACAGAGUCUUCAAGAGAGUCAUGAAAACCAAUUGAAUGUGGUGCAGGAACAAUGUGAUGCCAGUGCAGCUGAACUACAGCAGCUUCAGAAUGAGAAGCUCCAAAUUCUUGUGGACAUGGAGAAGAAAAAGAUCAAAGCUCUGGAGGAUGAACACACUCUGGAGCUGAAUGAAUGGAGAGAUAAGCUUGCAUGUAGAAAAGAGGUGUUAGAGGAAGACCUCGCUCGCAGACGUAGAGAAAAAGACGGAAACAGGAGACGAAGCAGCGAGCCGGAAAACCGGCAUGCAGCUCGGCGUCCAAAGUUCUUCCAUAAUCUAAGCUUUUCCUGACAAAGUUAAGAAAUACUCUAAUCCCCAAUGUCUUUAUAAACAGUAUAUGUACACUACUUUUUGAAAGUUUCAGGUCAUUAUGAUUUUUUUUUUCUUUAAGAAAUUACUGAUUUUUUCGCAUUAAAUUGAUCAAAAGUGACAGUAAAGACAAAAUGUUCAUAAAAUGAAAAUCAGUUAUUUGAAUUUGUAAUAAUAUUUCACACUAUUACAAUUUUUACUGUAUUUUUGAUUAAAUAAACGUUGGCAAGAGACUACUUUUAAAAACAUUAUUACUGACCCCAACUUUUUAACAGUAGUGUACUGUAUGUAUGUAUGUGUGUGUAUGUAUGGGGCUAGUUGUCACAUUGGUAAAUUACAAUUAUUUUAUUUAUUGUCAGAUUAUUUUAGAUUAUUUUAGUUAAGUGGGCUUUUUACAUUUUAUUAUUUAGAUUUAUUUAUUUUUUUUAAAUUGUCCCAUCAUGACAAUUUAUUCCAUUUAAUGUGACAACAUUAACAAAGUUUGUUCAAUUAAUUGUAUUGUUGUUUCUUAGAAAAUAGUAGCAAAGAUAGUAUUUUGGUAGUUUUUAAAUUUAAUUCACCCUAAGAAAAAAAAAAAAGACAACUAGCCUCAGAAAAUAUUUAUAUACACAUUACAUAUACAGAAUAUGGACAUUUGGGUUAAGUUGCAGAAUAUUUUUGUUUGGAGUUUAUGUAUUUUUGUAAAUAUGUUUAAAAUCUGCUUAGUCGUAAUUCCUCUGUAAGUGUAUUUUGUAGCCUGAAGAUGAAAGUUCACGUGUAAAAUAAAAUUUUCAACUAUUUUAGACAAAGAGUUUUUAGGCAAAAGAUAUUUCUUUUGGUAGAUGUGUGAGAAGCUUUUGAAUAGUCAUGGUUAUGCACACAAAAACAGCACACAUGCCUGGGCUGUCUGUAAGACAGUAGAGAAAAUUAUUACAUAAAGCCACACCCAGACCAGUAUCUGUCUCUUGACUGGAGUCAACAUGAUUUCUAUUGAGCUGCUGAAGAGACCUGUUCUUCUAUGCAAGCUCUUCUUUAUGGUAAGGUAAAUGCUUUCAUAUUACUAAACAUCUGGAUGUAUGAAAACUUGUAAUGUGACAUUUGAAUUGAAUACAACAAAUGGGAACAUAAUAUUAAAGGUCAUUUAAAAUA